AUGUUCAUUUGUGACUGGAAUUGGUUGAUGACAAAUCGAACGGUCACUCUUUAUCAUUUUACGAUGUGGAUACUCAUAAUCUUUGUCUCUUGGACUUUACAUUCAGAAUCUCGUGCUGAUCUUAUACAGUCAGCGUGCAAGCGAUCACCUAACUUGAACUUCUGUUCUAAUCAUAAUCCAGAAACAACAAAAAGUCCGAAUGAACCUCCAAGAACGGAAAUAAAUGAUUGGCUAAGGGCUUUCCUUGAUGAUGGAAGUCCGGAUGAAGAUGAUGACGGGGAGAUUUCAGCUCAACGCCAUAACAAUACCAAUAUUCAAGCAUAUUGCGUAAAAUACAAUCAUAACUUCCAUAGCUACUGUACGGCAGAUCGAAUAGAAGAAUUGGAAGGAGUUCUAUCAACUUUCUGUUUGUACUAUCGUCGAACAUGUGAUGCCGAUAUCAAAGUUGAUCGAGUACCAGAUCAUAAGACAGACUUUCCCAAUCCUCCUCCACUACAACAAGAAUUUCAUAUUUCGAAGGAGUUCACGGAGUCGGUCGAUCCAAUCAAAUCGUCUCAGUACUGUCAGCGAUUCUCAACAAAGUUCUCUGAACGUUGUUCAUCUGCCACGACAAGAAAAUCAGAUGAUUUCUGUACCUCAUACAUGGAGAAUUGUCAAAAUUCUCGUGCUGUGUCGACAAUGAAGGAAAGUUCAAUAGAAUCAGAAGAACUGGAAUUACCUCCAGUAGAUGAUGUCGAUGGUGACGAUGACGAAUUGUCUAAUACAGAAACUAUGAAGAAGACAUCAUCUGCAGAAGGACAAGCAUCAGAUAAUAAGCAAGCUGUCUCUGACUAUUGUGAACAAUAUUCUGAAAAUUAUAAUUAUUUUUGUGCAGGAGAAGCUAAUAAUGAGAAUGCUAAAUUCUGUGCUGCAUAUGCAUCCAAUUGUCCUCAGAAGAUCGAAUCAUUUAAAGGGUCUGGCACAUUCUUGGGUGAACGUGAAAAGUCAGCUCCCGGUACUUCCGUCUAUCAAUAUAAGGGAACUAAAAAAGAAUAUUGUGAUAAGUUUUCUGUUAAUUAUGAAUAUUACUGCAAAGGAGAUAAUCCUGAUGUAUCCGUUGAUAUUACACGACAGUUCUGUCCAUCUUACAAGGCUGUAUGUCUAGCUACACCAGCACCAGUAGCAGCUCCUGCUAACCCAUUCUCUUUGACUUCUGGAUCCUCAAAAACUGAAGGUCCAAAUGAUCCUGAUUUUCCUGACUUCGACAAUCCAAAGAAAGGAAGUACUAAAACGAGUCAUAGAAGACGCGGAAAGAAAGGACACCGUGGCUUGAAGCUCUUCAAACAUCCUUGUACUCCAAAUUGUAACUCUACCAUUCAUCCUCACUGCACAGCUGACUGCAAAUGCGAUUUCAUAUAUCCAUAUGUACAGAAAUUCUGUAACCCCCCUCCUCUACCUCUAUUCUUGAACACAUGUCGGCUGUGGUAUAAUGGCUGUCCGAAGUACGAAAGAUACCAUUAUGCUUCUCAAUUCGUAUACUCUAAAGCUGAGAAAGGAAAAGUUAUUGAAGGACCAGGCGAUACGAAACCAUUCAGUGUUAUUUCUCCUAAUGGUGAGAGACUUCCGGUCAACCUCCAUCAGCCAGGAAUUGGAUCACGUUUGAGGGACGACGUGACUGUGUGGGAGUCUGACGAUAAAAUACGUCAGCGUUUAAAGGAUGAUGCAAGUUUAUGGCUUUUAGAAGAUGACCAUCCGAGACAAAACAAAACUCGGAGAAAGAAACAAGAGUAUCUUCAUAACUUACCUUUUAUCAAGUUCUUAGAUGAUGAAGUGAAGCAAGCAAUACCCAAUUUCCCUAUACCUACUCUUCCUCCUCGAGCAGCAGCUACCACGACUCAAGCCGCCAUAGCCCACAAACAGCGUGACGAGCAAGUUUUUGAACAGGAAGUUCCGACCUUACCGACAGACCAGAAGAAUAAAGAUGCCGUACCAGUUGUGCCUAGUGACUCUGUCUUUCAAAAUGCUUUAACUCAGUAUGGAGCGUUUACUGAUACGCGUGGAGUUCUGCAUAGACCAAGAAGUCGUUCCCCUUUCACAAAGCCCGGUCUAUGGGAGCCCAACCCCGAUAACCCACAUAACAGAGAUCACGCCAAUAAAUGGUAUUAUCAUCCCAGAUCUGUUAACGUUGAUUGGCUUGGUGGUCAAAUUGCUUGGGGUGCCCAUUGGGCUGUUCCAGCUGCUGGUGUGGGAGGUACUGAUGGAUUCAGUACCAUUCACUUCCCCACUAUCGGAACAUUCGCUAAUAUUCCUGAUGAUUAUGAUUAG